AAGUACAAGAAACAUUAGCAUCAUAGUAAUAUAUACGGAAGUACCGAUACAAAGGCACUAAAUUCUAAAGGAUGACCAUCUCACUCCUCCAUUGGUCAAAACACAUCCCCCACCACAAACGUGUUCAGACAUGCCACACUCUGCACACUCCCCCGUCAGCACCUCUUCCCCUCAGGAGGUGUUCGCGGCGGUGCAGAGGGGCGACCUGGAAUGGCUGGGGGAGUACAGGGAGGGGCAGGAGGUGGCGUGGAGGGACCUGAGGCAUGGGAAAUCAGGUGACACGAUACUACACACUGCAGCCGCGGCGGGAGGGAUCGAAGUGGUGACCUGGCUCCUGUCGCAUGGUGGAGGCAGCUGCUUAGAGGCUCACAACUAUGAUGGCAAGAGACCCCUUCACUCCGCAGCUCAAAACUCGCACCUUUCUAUUGUUAAAACACUGCUGGAUUAUGGAGCAGAAAUAGAUCCACUGAAGCGAGCAGACUGGACGCCACUCAUGCUAGCCUGCACUAAGAGAAGCCUGCCAGUCAUCCAAGAGUUGGUACAGCGCGGUGCCAACCCUCGACUCUUAAACAAGGAUGGGUGGUCCAGCCUGCACAUUGCCUGUAGGGAAGGUCACACUGAAGCUGUCAACUAUCUCCUAAAUGUGGAUGAUUCUCUCUGGCGCACUGUUAGCAAGAAUGGAAGGACACCUCUACAUACCGCUGCGCACCACGGCCACACCACCACCACCACAGCCCUCCUGGAACGCGGGGGGUACCAGAUGGACGAGAGGGACUCCUGCGGGACCACCCCUUUAAUGGAGGCACUCAGAAUGGGACACUUGGACAUCGCUGAUCUUAUAAUGAAGAAAGGGGCGGAUCUCGGGGCACGAGAUGGGACGGGGCGAACGGGGCUCCACCUGGCGGCUGAGGCGGGGUGUGUGAAGGUGGUUAGGAGUCUCGUGGAGCGUGGAGUGGAUUACAAUGAGGUUUCUGAUCAAGGGCAGACCGCAUUGCACUGUGCCGCCAGGGAGGGCCACACUCACCUGGUGGAGGCACUGCUACAGCUCGGCACCAACAUCAAUGCUCAGGACACCAAUGGCAGGACAGCACUGUGGCUGGCCUGUGCAGGAAGGAGGAAGGAGUGUGCCAGCCUGCUAAGGAGCCACGGCGCCCUUGACACUUCUGAUCACACUGGCACCAAGCCCUCCCAUAUGCUGGCACCCUGAGGCACUACUGCUACUGCUACUACUACUACUACUACUACUACUACUACUACUACUACUACUACUUAUAUUACAAUCUACAUUCUACUGUCUAUCGCCUCCUACCACUACUAUUACUACUAUCAUUAUUUUAAGUCCUGCUACUGUUACUACUAAUAAUUCUGCAAUCUACUACUAUACUAUUAAUUAUAUCUGCCUAUCUAUCUAUCUACUAUAGCCAUUAUCGCUACUAUUGGGCUGGAUUUUCACUGGUUGGGCUGUAAUUUGGGCGGUUUCUUCUUUCUACUCCUAAUUCACGUUUUUCCUCCCCAAGACAAGUUUGUGAUACGGAAAAUCGAAAAUAUUGUUAUUGAGAAUAUAUGGUUUAAUAAAAUGUUCGAUUUUUUAA